AACAGGGACGGGAAGACUUGGUGGGGUUAGAGAAGCAGAGCGAGACGGAGUUCUGUGAACAACAGACGGCAGGAACACUGGUUUGAAAAUACACUUCCAGUGGCCCCAAAAAACAUAUUUAACAACUUGAUUGGAUACUGAAAAGGUUGGAGCGACUUUUUAACGUUUUUUGUCACUGUAGUUCAAACAAUGGACUAUCCGCAGUUUCUGUGCUGAGAGAGAAAACUGGCUGCCUGUGAGAUUUUUUUCUUCCUUUGGACUGGAGAUAAAACGUCAGUAGUCAGCAGUGGGAGUAAGCAGAAACAAUUUUAGGACGGUAUCGGGUAAGGUUUGAAAUUGUUUUUCGCAACAGAAAAGGAGAAGCAGUGAAGGAGAGGAGUGAUAGCGAGUGGAAGAAAUACCUGUGGAUUUAAAUCACGAGCAGUCGGAAGAACAAGCGCUAAUCUUUUCAGUGCACAACUGUGAUUUUUAACAGAGCCGGUGAGAGUUGUUGGAAUGCGGUGAUGCGGACUGGAGUUGCGUCCAACAAGUUAAAAGUUCGAACCGUGAAUUGUUGUAGAGGUGCGCUGCUCCAAGGGGCGGCUAUGGAGAGCGGGUCACAGUGGCCGAUGCUGGGGAUGCUGUUUUUGGCCGCAUUUUUUUGUUCGGGAUCUGCAAGCACUUUGACAGAGCUGCAGUUCAUCCGUAGCCCCGGUAACGUGACGUCAUCGCUUGGGAAGCCGGUGAAGGUGAUGUGUACACUGCAGGGUCGGGGGGGUGAGGAGGAGGACCCCCCUGAUGUGGUCUGGCAACGGGAUGGACAGCCCCUGGAGUACGCUGACACCAACCAAAUACAGGUUCCUGUUGCUUCACACAGCUGGAUGGUCAUCAGCACACUCAGGAUUGAGAAGUUGCAGCUACCUGACAUGGGCUCCUACCGCUGUGCUGUGAUGUCAGAGGGACACCACACUCUGUCUGUAGAAGGACACAUUAAUCUAGAAGGUCUUCCUCACUUCUCUGUGGAGCCUCAGCACCAGUCGGUGGUUGCCAACGUAUCUCUGAGUCUGCACUGUGUGGCCCACGGCCCCCCGGAGCCCGUCAGAGUCAUCUGGUUGCAGGACGGGGCCCCUCUAAACACCCUGCAGGACUCUGUGGCCCUGUCCCCCUCUACAGUCAAUAUAACAGGUCUGAACAGAACCAGUACCUUUUCCUGUGAGGCACACAACCGUAAAGGAGUGGCUACAUCAGGCUCUGGGACCAUCACAGUCCUGCCAUCCAAGCCCCAGAGAGUCAGGGCUGUAGAAGUCACCAACUCUAGCCUGCUCCUCUCCUGGCAACCUGGCUUUGGAGGAGUCUAUCCCAUAACCCACUGCACCAUACAGGUCAAGAGUUCAGGAGAGGACGUCGGUGUCGGCGGUGUGGAUCGCAACCAGAAUGUGGACGUCCCACCAGCCAGUCACCUGAUCAGGGAUCUGGAGCCCCAUAGCGGGUACGCAGUGAGGCUGGCCUGCCACACGACCCAGGGCGCGUCAGACUGGACACGCUGGGCCACACUACGCACCGCAGAAGGAGUGCCCGACGGACCUCCGGUGAAUGUGAGUGGGGUGUUAAACGGGACAGAUGUGAUGAUCAGCUGGGAGGAACCAGACGGAAGGAUCAACGGAGACUUACAGGGGUACCUGCUGGAGUACAGCACCCCCAAUAUGGAACAGACUGUAGUGGACACGGGUCUCUACACGGAGCUGUCCAUCAACCUGUCCGUCCCUCUCUCUAACGUGUCCUUCAGGGUGUGUGCCUACACCAAGGCAGGACAGGGGCCAUGGACCCCCCAACACACCCUCACCCUCAUCCCCCCUGAAAUGGGAGAGCUACAAUCCAGAGGUAUCUCCUUCCAGCCGCCCUUCUCUUGGCACUGGUGGUAUGUUGUCAUGGCGAUAGCUGUUGCCGUGGCGCUAGCGGUCCUCAUGGCGGUGUACGUGGCCAAACUACGGAGGAAGGAGACACGCUUUGGGGAAGCGUUUGAGCCCAUGAUGGAGAGUGGAGAGCUGGUGGUGAGGUACAGAGCACGACGUACAUACAGCCGCAGGACCACUGAGGCCACAUUGAACACCCUGGGCAUCAGUGAUGAUCUGAAACAUAAACUGCAGGAUGUGAUGGUGGACAGACACAAACUAACCCUGGGAAAGACUCUGGGAGAGGGAGAGUUUGGCUCGGUGAUGGAGGGAGCGUUAACCCAAGAGGAGUCUGUUCUCAAAGUGGCAGUGAAGACCAUGAAGAUUGCUAUCUGUACCCGCACCGAGAUGGAAGACUUCCUGAGAGAAGCUGCUUGUAUGAAGGAGUUUGACCAUCAGAACGUCAUGAGACUGCUAGGUGUGUGUCUGCAGACAGUGGAGAAUGAAGGCUACCCCUCCCCUGUAGUCAUCCUACCCUAUAUGAAACAUGGAGACCUACACAGCUACCUGCUCUACUCACGACUUGGAGACUGCCCCGUGUACCUGCCGUCUCAGAUGCUGGUGAAGUUCAUGACAGACAUCGCCAAGGGAAUGGAGUAUCUCAGCAGAAACAACUUCAUCCACAGAGACCUGGCUGCUAGGAACUGCAUGCUGAAUGAGAACAUGAAUGUGUGUGUUGCUGACUUCGGCCUUUCUAAGAAGAUAUAUAACGGAGACUACUACCGCCAGGGUCGCAUCUCUAAGAUGCCCGUCAAAUGGAUCGCCAUCGAGAGCCUGGCGGACCGCGUCUACACCACCAAGAGCGAUGUGUGGUCAUUUGGUGUGACUAUGUGGGAGAUAGCGUCGCGCGGCCAGACUCCGUACCCAGGUGUGGAGAACAGUGAGAUAUAUGACUACCUGAGACAAGGAAACCGCCUCAAACAACCUCCAGAUUGUCUGGACAGCAUUUAUUCCCUGAUGUUCUCCUGCUGGUUCUUGAGUCCUAAGGACCGUCCUCUGUUUGAGACUCUCCGCGGGGAGCUGCAGAAGGCUCUCGAGGACCUGCCGGACUCCCAGGACCCAGAUGAGAUCCUCUACGUCAACAUGGAGGAGUCGAUGGAGCUGGGGGCCGUUGGGGGCCGCGACCCAGCCGGGGGCCUGAAGGGCCUGGACUCUGUGGCUACGGUGGAGGUGCACCACGCCCAUCCCAGCCGCUAUGUCCUCUGUCCCCAACACGACGCCAACCGGCUGCUCUCUGACUCCCUGGAGAGUCUCAACCUUGUGUCCUCCUCCUCCGCCACCCUGCCCCUGGGGACGACCCUACAACCCUCCGGCUGCUCCACCCCGACACCCACAGCAGAGGUACAGGAGGACAGAGAUGGGACAGGGGGAGGGCCCAGGAAGGUACCCUGGUAGUGAUGAAGGGCUCUACGCUCACCACCGUCACAGAGUCAACACAGACUGGUCAAUACCAUCAGAACUAUACCAUCCCUCCUGUUGGUAUUCACGGUCACAGUCUUGACAGACAGACUGGACAAGACCAUUUAAUCCCAAUCAAAUAAUUUAGCAAGCCUUGGUAUUGACCCAGAUGAAUAUAAAAGUGUUCCUACACACAUUUUGCACAAACACACUCCUACACAUUCCUACAAACACCCGUACACCCUCCUUUAGGCGUUCCACAUUGUGAUUGAAAGAGUGGGGUUGUCAAAAUGUAUAUAGCUACGUCCUCACAUCUCCUCCUUCUUAAGCACACAUCAUAUCAUAAUGAGUCUACAGGCUGUUGGCCCUGAAACCCCUCAGACAGACCAGACAGUAGAGACCAGUACCCCCUCAGACAGACCAGACAGUAAAGACCAGUACCCCCUCAGA